CCCGACUGAGGCAUGCCAUUCUUCUCCUCCCCGACCCCCCCCUUUUGCCGAACUGCGGCUCUUAUUCUGACUCGAGCUAUUGUGGAGCGCACAAGUGGCCCUCAGAGGAGAAGGGGAUGCAGAGAGAAAGGGUGGGGUCAGGGUUCAAGCUAAAGGCUCCCCGUCGGGGCUCCUUUUCUGUUAUCAAAUUUGUUGCGAGACAAAAAGAGCUACAGUUUCAUUCCUCGGGCCGUCUUGAGGGAGAGAGGAGAGAGGUCAUAGGACGGCAUUCCUCGUGUCAGAGCAUCAGUUCUUCCACGGAGCGCCACAUGAACUCCUGGUCUUCAGUCUCGGCUUCCUGCUCCAGCACCGACCGCCGCACACUCAGGAUAUCAACCGGAACCAAAAAUGGAGUCCGUCACGACUGCAGAGACAUCUUUACUCUCAAACCAGUCAUCUGAGAGCUGUGGACCAGCAGACACAGCAGUAGAGAACCAGCUGUUUGGGUGGUUCUAUGUGGUGGUCUUCGUCCUGGCCCUCUGUGGUAACGCUCUGGCUCUCUGGAUCUUCUCUCGUCAGCGUGGGGCUUUCAGCCCUGCUAACGUCUUCUUGGUUCAUCUGGCAGUGGCUGACCUAUCUUAUGUGGUCAUCCUCCCACUCAGAGCAACUUACCACUUCACCAGUGGCCACUGGCCGCUGGGUGAGGUUCCCUGCAGGCUGGUGGGCUUUUUGUUCUAUGUCAACAUGUACGCCAGUCUGUACUUCCUGGCUUGCGUGGCAGGGGACCGCUACCUGGCUGUGGUUCACGCUGUAAGAUCAAUGAAGCUUCGCCAAGGUCGCUAUGCUCACAUCAUCAGCUUGUGUUUGUGGGUCUUGGUCACAGUCGCUAUGGCGCCACUGCUGGUUAAUCAUCAGACGGUGCAGGUGGACAACACAACGGUGUGUUUGCAGCUGUACAGAGAGAAGGUGUCCCAAAAGGCGCUGGUCUCUCUGGCUGUGGCCUUCACCCCACCUUUCCUUGCCACCCUAUCCUGCUACCUGCUCAUCAUCCGCAGCCUGCAUCAGGGCUGCAGGCUGGACCCUGCCCUAAAACUCAAGGCCCUGCGUACCAUUGGUGCCGUCAUUCUCAUCUACAUGGUCUGCUUUCUGCCCUAUCAUCUGAGCAGAGUCAGCUUCAUCCUUGGCUACAACAACACAGACGUAUCCUGCCAAACACGAAGAGCCCUUAGCAUGGCCAAUCGCCUUACCUCCUCCCUCACCUGUAUGAACGGUGCUAUGGACCCACUGGUGUACCUGUUUGCAGCAGAGAAGUUCAGAAGCACGCUGAAGAGGUUGUUCUGUAAAGAUAAGGCAGGGAUGAUUGGGGCCACUAGCGGAGACCUAAAGGAAACACAUGAAAGCUCGCUGAGUGCCAAGUCUGAGUUCUGAGUAAAAGAUCCAGAAGACCAUUGUAAACAGUUUUGUUCAGGCCUGAAUGGACAAUAUGGAUCUUAGCCUGGAUGGAGUGAAGCAUGAACUAAAGUCCAACAUCCAGGUUUCAUUCUGCACCAGAUCUAAUAUACCCCCUACAAAACUAUUUGUACAAAGUUUCAAUGAAAAGUCACCCUGAAUAUACAGCUUGUAGAAAAAGUGAGAUGUUCAUUGAUGAAAGGGCCCAAGCAUCUUACAUGUUGGUGUCUGUUUCAGUCAAAUAUGGAGGAUUUCUUGGUUAAUCAAAGACCUAUUGUCAAUGAAAUGCGGACAAUGACUGACCAACUUCAAAUAAUGAUGUGUGUAGAUGUCCAAAUUAUAAAUUUUCUGUGAAUAAUAUAAAGUGACACAACUACAGCCCCUUUCACAAAACACUUCAGGUUGGGACUUAAGAUGCUUUUCUUGCCAUCAUUUGAUUUCUGAAGGUAGCAAGAGGAGAUGAUCAACGUGGUACUGUCCAAACCCACAGGGGAGGUAGAGACAGAGCUGUGAAAGUCAAUGUUUAUGGCUCGAGGGUUUGAUGUAGGGACGACAGACAAUGAGAUGAUCCGGCUGUGGGACUUGAGGCCAAAACCCAAUUGGACUCUGGUUUCCACAUUGACAUACAUCGGACAAGUUGCACUGAGGUAAGCUAAAAACAGAUUACUGAACCUCGCACACCUCGUGUCCCUGAUACGUUUCACCUUUUACAAGGGGAAAUGUCAGAAAUAUGCUUCAUUUUCACCUGUCAGGGUUCUACCAUGGUCCAGCAAAGUAAGCUUCAUUUAUUGAUUUUAAAAACAUGAUUAGCUUGAAUGGGGUCUGAUGACUGACCAAGGGAAAAAUAAAUAAUGGAUCUGUUAUAUGACAGAGGCCGAUGAUUCUAGUGUUUAAGCUGUAUAAUGCAUUUUCCUUCGGUGGGACAAGUUUUUGAAUUUUUAUUUUAUUUUAAAACUGUACAUUAUUGCAACUGUAGAGUCAACAUGUAUUGUUAAAACUGUCAUGGUAACUGAUUUUUGCAUGUUUUGUAUGGUUUUAAUCAUAUAUCUCAUGUCAUUCCUUUUGUUUCUGAGACAAGUUAUUCCAUAGUUUUGCUUUGGAAUAGAUGUUGUAUCUUCUGUGAUUUCAUAGCCUCAACAUCUAGCAACAUGAUCACCAUAGUCAGAAUUUGUCAUGGGGUCACAAACAUGUCUUUUUUUUGUUUGUUUCUGUUUCUUUAUCUCAUUUCCUGGUCAUGUGUGACUGUAUUUGGAAGAAAAGGAGGAAAAGCUGUUUUUACCGGACAUCAGAGAACAAUCUGUCGUCAGCAGCCAUUUUCGCCGCAGUAAAAUGUGUUGAUGGUGAUGAUAACUUAUUUAAAUAUCAAAACACUUGAAAAGGAAACCAAAUCUUCCCAUGAACUCUGGACUAAACAGGACCAGGCGUUGUGGUCUUUUACCCCAAUAAGAAGAAAUGGUGACUGUGAAUUCAACUUUUAAUGUAUGUUUUCUGUAAGCCAAAUGAAACGAACACUCAUUAUUGUAAGAAGUGUGGUUUGAGGUGUAUUUAGCUCGAGUAUUUAAUCCAGACUGGAAAGCACAAUGAAACUGUGAGAAGGUUGGAGUUUCUGACUGGAUUAUUAUUAUUAUUAUUAUUAUUAUUUUUUUUUUUUUUUUGAACAAUCAAGUGUCAAAACCUUCAUUUGUGACCAAAUUUUUGGAGUUUCAAACUCUUGAUUUGAGUCCAUAACCACACCAGCUGAAAAAUGUAACAAAUGUUGCAGUUUUGGUCCCAAAUUGAACCGACUCUACCGGACUAUCAGGUGUGAAAACACCUUUAAAAUGUGAUUCUGUUAAAUUAACUUUAAAAUUGUACAAAAUAUGCAAGCUGUGCAUUUGUCCACCUUUAGUUUCUCGUUGGAGGCCUCAGAUGUCGGUUAUCCCUUGGGCCGGCUCUGACACUAACCAGUGAUGAUGCAUUUAAAGUAGAGUGGAGAUUUUCUGAUGGCUGCAGUUGGCUAAUAUGACAAAUUACUAUUGUAUAUAAAUAUACGCUUCAUUUUUUUUUUGUUCAGCUUCUUAAAUUUGCUAUAGUCUGAAUUUCUGCUACAAUAUUACGCAACACUGUCUGACUUCAUGAAACUUGCAAACCGCUGUUAUGCUUGAGACAAAUUUCACAAGUAGUUCUCUCUCUGAUCUAUUAACUUGUAUGUGUGUUGUUGUUUUUAUUUUUUUUACACUCUGCAAUGAAUUUGCUUAAUUCUCAUAAAAACUGCAAAUGAGAACGGCUGACUCUCAGUUUGUUUGUUUUUUUUUCUGUGUCCUUUUGAUUUGCCCGUGAACGUUUUGCGAUUGAGUUGAGCC